GAGCUCUUUACAUGUACAUAAUCCCAGAGUUGACCCAGAAAAUAGGCAGUCGUUUCAAGAUCUGACGCGGCUUCUUUGUGCACACCGUCCCUGCCCGAGCAUGAAGCGUAACCCCCUGGAAUAUUUACUGUAACACGGACCGUCUUUUGCUCGUCGCCCGGGAACACGGCUCUGGAACGCACGGAGAGGACGCGGAGUAACGCAAGUUCGCGAAAACGGAGCGGAUAAGGGAGGCAUGGCUGACCAUCUCAUGAUGCCCAUGAAUCACGGAUCAGCGGGUGCCAGCCUUCACGGCUACAGGAUGGGCAUGAACGGCCUGCAGGCAGGUCACCAGCAGCAUCCCAACCAACAGGGCAUGCGUUCCAUGCCCGGCGGUCAGAUGAUGCAUUACGGAGGACCCCCGGCCAACAUGGAGAUGAGGCAGCGGCAAGGAAUGGUCGGCGGACAUAUGAACGGACAGCCCCAGAUGGGCCACCACCAGAUGACCACCGGCAACAUGAUGUACAACGGUCAGCCCCAGCAGCACCACCACCCUCAGCAGCACCACAUGCACCCACAGCAGCACCAGCAACAGGCCCAGCACCCUCAGCAACAACAGUUCAUGAACGGAGGGCUAACGUCGCAGCAGCUGAUGGCCAGCAUGCAGUUACAGAAACUCAACACGCAGUAUCACGGACAUCCACUGGGACCCAUGGGCGGGAACCACAUGGGGGCGGCCGCGCAGUACCGCAUGAACCCGGCGCAGUUGGCCAACAUGCAGCACAUGGCCGGACCUGCCUUAGCCCUCAACGGUAUGGACGCCGAUAUGAUCGACGAGGAGGUUCUGACCUCGCUGGUCAUGGAGCUGGGCUUAGACCGGGUCCAGGAGUUGCCGGAACUCUUCCUGGGCCAGAACGAGUUUGACUUUAUCUCGGACUUUGUGAGCAAACAGCAGCCCAGUACUGUCAGCUGCUGAGAGGACCUGAUCUAUCAAGCCAAUGGAAACAAGAGAGAGUUGUCCGGGACAAAGAGCGCUCUUCUCUUUAUCGUUUUUGGGCACCUUUUUUUGGGACCACCACGUCGAGCAGCGUUGCUGGAGGAUGGCUAUCGGGGACGGGUCUCGCAUGUGCUAGCGGUGGUUUGGAGGCUUUAAGGCCUUGUUUCCUGGACAUGAAUGUAACAAAGCUGAAAUUGUCAAAAGCCACUCUGAACAAUGCUAUGACACUGUGUCUCUUCAAAGUCUGGACUCUACGAGUAGAAAGUGUAUUUAUUUAUCCCGAUCUGAGACGAUUGCUUUAAAGGAAGAGGUCUAGAAAUCGACCGAGGUUCAAAAAUUGGUCACACCAAACGUUGAGGCGCCAACUUUUGUUCUAAUUUGUGUAUUUUAUUCCCCGCUUUUCUAAGGAUUCACAUAAAUGAAAUCACAAUUUAGGCACACCCGAGAUGGUUUAAAAAUAUCCUUCAGAGUAUCCAAAAUCCCAAAAUGGCUGAAUUACAUCUUUUUUUUUAUUGCCAAUUUUUUGGGCCUCAACAGAAGUAUUUAACAACACAGACCAAACAAGCCACGCUUUCCAAGUGGUUCUCAUAAUUACGUUUUUUUUCCCCCCACCAAGUCUUGGGAGAGAUCAUUUGAAAGCCCAGGACUUUUAUCAUGUUUGGCCUGCUGUUGAAAUUAAAAAUAAUAAUCUGAAUUUGCUGCCACAUUUGUCAGAUUACAGGAAAAACAGUUUUUAUUUGAUUAUUUUUAGAUGUGAUGUUCUCAAAGAUGUACUGCUUGUACUGUAUGAAGCUGUUUAACUCCAACACUGUUGUGUUCUAUUGGAGACGUAGAACCGCCUUAAUCACGCAGAUUCUUAUUUAUUGGUUGUUUAUAUUGUCUCUCCUCCUUUUUUUGUGGUCAAGAAUGGAGAGGGAGGGCAGAUGAUGGUCUUUGUGAAAGGUUUUUUUUUUUGAGGAUCAAUAAAGAUGGCCUGGAUAGAAAUGUGGCCUGCUUUUCCAUUCAUUGCACUGCUCCGCCCUCGGGCGACGCAGCGCCGGCUAGGUGCUGAGGUUAACCUAUGGGUGAAGGGACGACUGAAGUUUUAUAAAUAUUUAAGCACGUUUCGACGAUCUAAAUGGCUUCGACUGAAUUUAUGUGUGAUCAAUGUACAGCGGCGACAACUUGCUUUAUGAUGUAUAACGUUGCCGGUCUGGUUAAUGAAGGUUAGUCUGUGUAUUUAAAGCCAUUUCAGGCCGCAUUGUCUUCUCUACUGAAGCCAGACCAAAACUGUAUGGUGACCUUUAUGACAAAGAAGACUAAUAGGCAAUUUUAAAAAAUGGCGAUUAGCAAGAAUCGACAUUGAAAACAGGGUGUGUAACUUAAAAUCACAUAAUUUACAUGCCUUAAAUGUGUGUUUGGAGAGCCACGCUGAGAACUAUUUCAAAUAUGUUGAAAACUUAAGGCCCGUCGGUCAAAUCUGGCCCGCGAAGUUAUUGUUAUAUGGGCCACUUAAAAUACAUGUAUAUUUAAUAGAGCACCUAAAACCCCAGAUCUUUUUUUGGAUCGCAGAGACUGUAAAUGACAAUAAGUUAUCUGGAAAACGUUGGAAAAGUAGUGGAGGUGGGAAGGAAUUUGAUGAUCGUGGAUGUGUGUUUGUUCCUCAAGGAGAGAAACUGAAGGGCAUCUUGUGUUUUAAGUCGCAGUGCAUUUUCAAAACUAGCCAUGGAGGGGUUUCAUGCUACAUUUUUGACAGGCCUCACACACCAGUGUUCAUCUAAACAGCGCUCUCUCAGUGCUUUUUGCCUGACGUCAACAUGUACUUCUGUUUUCAGAAGUUAUGACGAACAAAAUUCAGAUAUAGUGGUGAAAAAAAAAAAAGAGUUUGAUUUACAUGUGGUUGUUGAAAUUGAGGAUGUUGGCAUUUUAAUCUGAUAAUUGAGGAAUCGAAUUCACCAGAGAUAUGUCAAAGGUGCCAUCAUUUCAUGAAAGUCCAGUAUGAAUGAUCAAACAUUCACUUGCGAUGACUCCAAAGAAUUAAUGGCAACAUCGUAAAGCUUUGAUCCAAGAAAACUAGCUUGUUGCAUUGUUGGGAUUGAUGUUUAAAUAUCCCCAAAACAUCCAUUAUCUUCCACUUAUGCGAAGUUGGUUGCGGUGCAGAGGCUAAAUAAACUUUCCAAGUACCUCUGUUGCUACUAUUUGAGUGUUAAUUUUGACAAUCUGGUCAUUUGCUGAUCAUGUGACAGUAGGCAGUGUCAGACUGGGGAGGUGCUCUAGGGAGUAAGCAAACAUUUAGAGCCUCUGGGUAACUCACGUGACAAGCAUCAUCAUUAAAACGUGAUAAGAGUCGAGAUAAUGAAGGCCAUGAUAUAAAGGUGUGUUGACUUUAAAUCUAACCGUUACAAUGUGUAAUGGAGGAAAGCAACAACCCUGAGAAUCCAUGUGACACGCUGAAGUCAAGGUGACCGACUUGUGUGACUAAAGACGUCUGGAUCACUGAGUGAGUGAUUCUGGAAUGUAUGGAAACGGAGAAGAUACUUUCAUGUUGAGAUACUGUAAAGAAAUUUCCAGUGUGUGGAGGAUGACCAACCUACGCCGAUGAGGCGUUGCUCAUGUGUGUGGCUGGAACUCUGGUAUUUGAGGCAGCAUUAUCUAAAUGGAGCCCAAAAAAUGGCAUGUGGCGAUGAGUGAUUAGAUAAUGGAAAUUGUGGCUUCUAAAUGACAGCGUUUUUAAGUAUCUGAAUGUGGCGGUGGAGCUAGCUGAGAGCCCAGAUAAGAGCGUUUUAUGAGGGCUCGUCCAAACAAGGAUCCCUUCUAUGCAGAAGAUCCACUUGUUUGUGACUGUAAAUGUAGGAGAUGAGAGGACAGAUUAUGCAGCACACAUUUAGGGAGUAAACAUAAGGAGGUGACUACUGUCAUCUACUGUUACGGAUAACCUCAGGUCAAUUGAAUACAAGGUGAUCGCUACGGACACAUCUCUGUUUUGAUGUGCUGAUGCGAUGACAAAAAGUGAUGGGGUUUGUCGCCGCCCUUGGGGGCAUCUUGGGAGUUUCAUUCACAGGAAGGAAGGAGCCCUAGAUCAACAGAUGCAGCUUGAGGAAAGUGAGGAAUGAGCUGAGCCAGGGCUUUCGAUCUUCAUUCUCACCCUAAGACUCUGACAUUUUUGUCAGGUUUCUGGGAAGUCUGCAUCUCAACAUCGGCUGCCUGACCUCGGAUCGGUACACGAAAAUGAGUGGUCUGCCGCAGUAAAUGACAAGAGUUUGAGCGAUAGCACUUUCUUUGUUUGUGAGGCUAAAAUAUAGGUAAAUUGAUUCCCCUUUAAAAUAUAAUCGGGAGACAUUUAGAGCGAAUCAAUCACCGUCAGGACAUCACCGGUUUAACAAUGACGCGUGUCAAAUGAGUGUAAGACUAAAUUCGAUACGACGCCAAAUCAAAUGGCAACGCACGCGAAGAGCGUUGUGUGGACAAUGACUACAACCUUUUAAAGGGAAGGUGGCAUUUAGAUGAAGUGUAAACAUUUAUGAGUGUGCGCUUCAGAGUCAUACGGACCUCUAUGCUUGAGACAACUUCAGACUCUGUCAGAGUGUGAUC